CCCAUUGGCCCCCUUACGUCGAUACGUCACAAUCAUGAUUAGAAUUGAUGAUCGGACGGUCUGAUUUCAUUGUCUAGCAACGGGGUCCGUGGGAAAGAAAUCUGCUUGAAUUUAGGAGCUUCGUCUGAAUUCGACACAGCAAUGCGUCGGGUGCACUGAGAGGAGAAGAUGUGGAGAGACGAGAUGGUGACAACGUAAAGCCUCGGAUGUUUUGCUGUGAUCGGCAUGGCAGCUCCUUUCCACUCCAACAGCAGCAUGGAUUCAUGGCCACACAGACGUGGCCUCCAGGCUAUGAACCUGCGGUCGGUAUUCACAGUGGAACAGCAGAUGAUCCUGGAGCGUUACUAUGAUAAUGGAAUGACCAAUCAAAGCAAGGCUUGCUUCCAGCUAAUACUGCAAUGUGCUCAGGAGGCCAAACUAGACUUCAGUGUUGUCCGGACAUGGGUCGGUAACAAAAGAAGGAAACUUGCCUCCAAGGGAGACCAAAAUGGAGGCUUGUCUCAUUCCUUACCGAGUCAUGGACUUGCUGGGGGACUGUUGUCCAAUCAUCCGCUGGCUCAUGGAGCUAUGUCCAAUCAUGGUCUCUCUGCAGCAACAUUGCUCCCAGCAGAACUUGCUGCCGUGCGGAAUAUACAUAAUCGCGCACACCUUCUCCCCACAUCCUCCGCCUCUGCUUCUUCUCCCUCUUCUCUGAGCAGUGGGAACAACAAUAAUAAUGACGUCCUUCACACAAGUCUCUACUCCCAGAACUCCAACCCUCGCUCUCGGCCAAAACCCACAGGCCCCAUACAGUCAGAGACUGAGCUCUCAGCACUCCCUCCUUGCUCUUUAGUCAGCCAGGCUAUGCAGAGCAGAACCAACAGCAACUCCUCAUCUCUUCACUCCAAGCUUGUGUCACUCUCUCAGAAUUUGCCUUCCCUCACGUCUUCUUCUGCAUCUCUGGUCUAUACUGCUGGAAGGGACAUGAAAUCAAGUGUGCCCGUCAGGGACAUAGGAUUGACUGCAGGGGUAGGAAGCCUACCUCCCAACCGGACCCAAACAUUUGGUACUGCACAGACUCAGACAUGGUCCUCUUCCCCUCAGCCCCAGGCUCUGCUUCAGCCCAGAUCUGAGACUAAUCCGCAACCACCACCACCACCCCUUGCUCCACACAAGACCCGUCUGGCCCUUCCUCUCCAAAACUCAAGUCCUACCUCAGAGCACACACCCUGCAUCCAGCAGGUGUUCACUUAUGCGGACAAGGGUGAGGGCAGCAGAAUUAAGGCUGGACUAGGUUGUACUUUAAGUGCCCAGGAGAUGCAGAGGCCAGUUUUACGCACUUUGGAUACCAGUCAUAACAUCUCCAUUGCCAUGGAAACCGCAGAUGAAGAAGAUGAGUGGCAGAGGGAAGAAGAACUGGCCAAUAUGGCUGCUCAGAAUAACAUGCAUCAGGAGCAGACGAUGUCUUUGCUAAAAGGGAGCCCUGCUUUGACCAUUGCCCACUCCCAAAAUCUGCUGCUCAAGAGCAACUCAACUCAUCAAGGCAGCUACUCCUUCACACAAACCUCGCUGUCUGGGGAUGACAGCUCUCAGACUUCAGUCAGUGCCGCCACUUGGGUUGUCAGCAACUCCAGAAAAAGAACAUUGCAGGAUCGCACCCAAUUCAGUGAUGGGGAUAUCAUUCAACUGAAACGCUUCUGGGAAAGGGGCAUGACCAGCCUGGGCUCAGUGUGCAAGGAAAAGAUCACUGCCGCAGCAAACCAGCUCAAUGUAGACACUGAAAUCGUUAAGACAUGGAUCAGCAACAGACGAAGGAAAUUCCGUCUCAUGGGUAUUGAAAUACCACCGCCUAAAGGUGGGCCUGCUGUAUUCACAAACACGAACUCCCCCAGAGGUGACUCUCCGGUGGCGUUUAGCCCUGAAGAAGAUUGCCUCGGAACACCUGACCUCAGAGAUGACUUGAAUGAUGGGGUAUCUCUCUGCCUCUCUGAAGAUAGCACCAUUGACUCACACCAGAGAGAUGAAAACGGAACAAAUGUGACUGGUGCUGCGCUGCUGGCUAAUAAUGUGAAAGUUGAAGUGACUGAUGGGGAUGAAGAGGAAGACUGCGACGAGGGGGAAAUGAUGCCCUUAGAUUUAGAGCAGAUGCAAAGCCUACUUGAAUUCAAGCAUGAGGAAGUGCAGUUCUUGGAGAAUGAGCUAGAGAACCAAAAACAAAAAUACCUGGACCUUGCAAGCUUCACCAAGAGGCUGCUUUGUGCUGUGAGAAGUAAAGAUGUGGAGAAACAGCAGGAACUCAUCGCCAGUCUACCUCAGCUUUCGGACCAGGUGUGGGACAUGACCAAGGACAGAGGAACAUUGCCUGAUGUUGUGUCUGAAGAAAAGUCCUCCAACCAUUGUAUUACCAUGACAAGUGGUGUUGAACACACGCAGGACCUGGCAAAUAAAGGCUCCCCAUUGAGGAACAUUAAAGACAAUAAAGUUACAGAGCCCUCUGCAUCAGAGGAGAAAAUGCAAGGAGUGCAAGAAAAUGGGCAAUGAGAACUUCUACACAAACAAUUAUUUGUAGAUGCUACACGGAAAUUUAUUUUAAACUGGAGUUGCUAGCCAUUCAUCAUUACAAACACAUCCUCGGUGUCCAGUGCCUGUGGAUUGAAGCUUGGCUCAUUCAAUUCAUUUUUUAUUGCACAUCAUUUCCCUUUCUCUGGCCAAGUCACAAAAAAAAUAAAAGAACUUCCACCUGA